AUGGCAGAGCCCUCUUCAGGCUGGUGGAAGCUGACUUUCCUGAGGAGAAAAAAGUCCCAGCCCAAGGUUCUGUAUGAAAUCCCUGCAGAGGUUGUUUCCAAUGCCCCCACCGGAGCCGCCACCCACCCUGAGGACAUGGUGCAUGGUUCUCAGCUGGACGCCCGACUGGAGAGGAUCGUGGAUAAGACAACAGCCAGCAAGGGGCGGCAUGUUAAGGUGUCUCACUCUGGGAGGUUUAAAGAGAAGAAAAAAGUGCGUGCCACUCUGGCGGAGAACCCAGAGAUGUUUCCAGGAGGUGACCCCGUGAGGGAUGAGAAUCAGAGGGCUGGGAAUUGA